CUGGCAACACUGAUUCAACAUGGCCGAUUUAUUUUACAAACACAAAAACACAAGAUACACUUAAAUACACUAAAUUGAAAUUUUUUGUUCGUACAAUUGCUGAGGCAUUAAAAUUCGAAACCGUGGAUACCGUGGUAGCCAAAGAACUCUUCCAAAUGGAAGGAAGUUAUACACAAAAAAAUUUACAAAACAUGGCCGACUCGAGCAAACUCCUGCUUUCAUCGCAGCAGGAAAAGCCCAACCAUUACACCUACCUGAAGGAGUUUCGCGUGGAGCAGUGCACGUCGUUCCUGCAGCACAAGUGCAAUCAGCACAGACCAUUUGUCUGUUUCAAUUGGCAUUUUCAAAACCAGCGGCGUCGGCGGCCAGUGAGAAAGCGCGACGGUACCUUUAACUAUAGCGCUGAUAAUUAUUGCACCAAAUACGACGAGACCACUGGCAUCUGUCCCGAAGGCGAUGAAUGCCCAUUCCUGCACCGAACUGCUGGAGACACAGAGCGCCGGUAUCACUUACGCUACUACAAAACAUGCAUGUGCGUCCACGACACGGACAGUCGCGGUUACUGCGUCAAGAAUGGGCUCCAUUGCGCCUUCGCCCACGGCAUUCAGGACCAGCGCCCACCGGUCUACGACAUCAAAGAGCUGGAGACCCUGCAAAACGCCGAAAUCACCCUGGACAGCACCAAUGCUCUCAAUGCUUUGGACAAGGAGCGCAAUUUGAUGAAUGAGGACCCGAAGUGGCAGGACACCAACUAUGUGCUGGCCAACUACAAGACAGAGCCAUGCAAGCGCCCACCGCGCCUCUGCCGCCAGGGAUACGCCUGUCCCCAGUAUCACAACAGCAAGGACAAGCGUCGUUCGCCUAGGAAAUAUAAGUACAGGUCCACUCCAUGCCCCAAUGUCAAGCACGGCGAGGAGUGGGGCGAGCCGGGAAACUGCGAGGCCGGCGACAACUGCCAGUACUGCCACACACGCACCGAGCAGCAAUUCCAUCCGGAAAUCUACAAGUCGACCAAGUGCAACGACGUCCAGCAGGCCGGCUACUGUCCACGCAGUGUCUUCUGCGCCUUUGCCCAUGUAGAACCUUGUAGUCUGGCCGAAAAGACCUGGGAUCACGAUUUCGCAUUAAGCGAACUUAUUUCCAAUGCUUUGCCCGAUCUCCAGGCCUCGGAUGUGCUUUACUUGGGUGACAAUUUGAACAUUGAUGGUAGUAGUACCAAUAAAAUGUUGGUAGAUGCUUUGGGAAACACAACGAAUUCCAGCAAAUUUUUAAGUUUCUCACGACCCGUGGACAGUCGUUCUUGCUCAUUGGAAGAGAACUCAUUGUCGGCGAGUCUGGCCAAUACUAGCUUAUUAACACGUUCCUCGGCGCCAAUUAACAUUCCUAAUACGACACUAAGUAACUCAAUUAACGAUUUCAACUCAGGUGGCUUCGCCGUCAACAUUCCUAGCAGCUCGCUCACCUACAGUCCAACCAAUCACGCCAAUCUCUUCAAUGUGGAUGCUUUCAACUAUGGGGGCUCCAAUAAGCUCAGCAACUCCCUUUCGGCCGCCACCCAGAACGACAGCAGCCUCUUCUUCCCAUCGCGCAUUAUUUCACCAGGCUUUGGCGAUGGUCUGUCCAUCAGUCCAUCGGUCAGGAUAUCCGAAUUGAACACCAUUCGCGACGAUAUCAACAGCAGCUCUGUGGGCAACAGCUUGUUUGAGAACACCCUGAAUACGGCCAAAAAUGCUUUUAGCCUCCAGUCGCUGCAGUCGCAGAACAACAGUGACCUGGGACGCAUCACCAAUGAAAUCCUGACCAAAAAUGCACAGAUCCACAAGCUAAAUGGGCGUUACGAGGACCUCGCAUGCAAACUGAAGAUUGCCGAGCUACAUCGCGACAAGGCCAAGCAGGAGGCGCAGGAGUGGAAGGAGCGCUACGAUCUAGCCCAGAUACAGCUGAAUCUGCCGGCCGAGCUAAGGGACUUGUCCAUACAGAAACUAAAGCAAUUACAGUCAAAGCUGCGUACUGAUUUGGAGGAGGUUGACAAAGUAUUAUACUUAGAAAAUGCCAAGAAGUGUAUGAAGUGUGAGGAGAACAACCGUACUGUCACCCUGGAGCCGUGCAAUCACCUGUCCAUCUGCAAUACAUGCGCUGGCUCCGUAACCGAGUGCCCCUACUGUCAGGUGCCGGUGAUGACCACCCACACCUAGAAUAUGUUUUACCAGCAACAGGACCAUAAGUGGCCCUUUGGCUGAAAAUCGGAUAGUAGAGGUGGUUUAUGGGGAUCGAUUCGAUUGAGGAUCAAUACCGCGAACAGCAUGACAAUGUGUUACACACAAAGCAAACUUUAGUCCUAAGUUAAAAGAUGAAACUCUUGAUCGGAUGUGUGCAGCCACAUGGCGGCGCAGAAGCGUAUAUAAUUUAUGUAUUUCCACUAUGCGAAUUAUUGUCAUGAAUAUUAGAAAUUACUAGGCACAAACUAUUAAUUGAAUUAGUUAGCAUCUCUAAAUUUAAUUUGUAUCGCUUUUGUUUACAGGAAAGUUUCAAUUUGUACGUCUGACGAUUAUUUUAGCAAGCUAAACGAAUUUGCAAUAUCUCAAUUUUUUUUUAUAUAUAUACAUACAUAUAUUAUUUUUGUCUCACUAUUAAGGUUGCUGCAGAAACUCCUUCCAAACUAAAAUUUAAGGAGAUUCAAAAACAUUACCCGAGGGGACUAAAAGUAUGCAACGAUAAAUGUCUAAUACUUGCAAGGGUUUUCUGCGGCAGCCACUCUUAUAUUUGUAUUUAAAUAUGAUACACUUUCAGUCAUAUUGUACUUUUUACUAGUAUUACUUAAGAAAUUAAGCAACUAACCAAUUGCAAGUUGUAAUUGUUAGAAUGAUAUGAUACAUAUAUAAUAUAUUAAUUUUUCUAGACACUUUUAGCAAUUGACUAUUAACAAAUUUAUAGUAACCAACAAAUUAAUCAAGUUGUCGCAUACAAAGCAGCCAACAAAUACCACAAACAAAAACCACCAGUGAUUUUAUAUGAACCGAUUUUCAAAACUAUUUUAUAUAUAUGUAUGUGUGUUUCAAAACUUAUGAAAAAGCAAAAAACCAACAAAAACAAAAACAAAACUCAAAAGCCAAGACAAGCGUCAAACUGCAACUGACAGAUCAUAAAUCUUAGUCUUUAGUUUUUCACAUUUUAACUGCACAAAGGUCAUUAAGGACAAUUAAAUUGAAUGCGACAACGCUUUUUAUUACUGUAAUGUUCAUUUUGUUUUGUGAAACACAAGUUGAAUGUAUUUUAUUUCGGCGUUACAGAGACACAAAAAUUGCAUACUUGUAUACUCUCAUACUCUCAUUAGGUUACUUUGUGAUUUGAAUAGUGCUUUAAGUACUUACUUUGCAGCUGAUUUUACUUUCUCAUCUAACUUGCAUAUUCUCAACUGGACGCUUCCAAAGUAGUAAAAGAAAAAAAAUAAAAAAUUAAACAAAAAAAAUAAUAAUUGUAUAAAAAAAAAAGAAAUUCAUUAAUGUCAGAGCGUAGUAUUUAAGGUAUAUGAAAUCAAGCAUUUGGCUGAAGGUACAAGAACGAAAGGAAAUGAAUAGGUAUUUAUAUAUAUUAAAACUGCAUUUGAGCGUAGAGUUGAUGAGUGUGAUUUAGAAAGCGUAAACAAUAAAUGUAACUCGAUACAGCGAAACGAACAGAGUUUAAUGAAAAAUGUUAACCAGAGAUAAUGUGAAGCCGUCUUCAAAACAAUUGUAUUUUUCUUGUGUAUAAAAGAAAUAAAGCUAUAAUAUGUAAUCAAUUCAA